GAGAGUGUAAACAUCUGUCAUUUAUACAGAUGCCAUCACAUUUACGGUCGGAUUGCGAUGUAGUAAUAAUUUUGUAGUGAAGAACAAGAUAAUAGUUAUUUAUUCGGUAUUUCGUAGUUAGUGCCUCAGUUCAGCUAAUUCAACAGAUUGUGGAAUUUAUCAGCGAUAGCAUUUAUGACCAAGGUGAAUGCAGUGAACAACAAAAAAGUGGUGGCGCUCUUCCGUGUUGCAUUUUCCUGAGUCGGGUGGAUUGCAAGUGAAUUAUUUAUUUACAAAGUAAAUGCUACAAAAAAUGGUACCUCACUCAUGAGUGCAACCUAUUUGCGUUUUAACUGCGAAGAAGCGGAUUUCAUAGUGCCCCCUGCGUCACAAUCGAACACCCGUGCUUUGGUUCCGAAUAAGGAAGUGCGGACCAAAGCUGUCGUGUCGUCUCGGUAAUCCACAGAGACGACUUCUAUUUUCGAAAAGCGAAAAAUUUAGUUCACAUACCUACCUACUGAUUGCGAACUCACACACAUCGCGAGCUGCUUCAACUUGGUCUAUGCCCUCUUUGCGUAGCUUAGUGUGUUGUGGUUUUCUUUCAAUCACGGGGGUAAAACACUUGAACCAGCUGUGAGUAUUUUCCCUACAACUCACUUGUGCUCACGAGCCACUUGGUCUGUUAGCCCCGUUUGCUUAGUUUUCCGGCGCGUAAAACCCGCUGAACUGAUUGUGUACGGUAAACAAAGGAGCUUCCUUGUUUUCGGAGAUUAAUAUUGCUUUGGCUGCGCUAGAGCAAGAGGCAAUCGUCGGUGAAUGAGGUACCUCAGUGGGAAUGGAAGACGAGCUGGAAGAUAAGAUUCUCUAUCAGACGUUCUUCAAAUCGCACAUGAAGCUCCUUUCCAAGUUCGCAGUCGGCGUAUCGCCGCUCAACAGCUCGGUCGGCUACGUCUGGAAGGUGAUGCGAGUGUAUCUGCUCAAGCCGGAGGUUCUGAUUGCCGGUCUGUUGAUUUUCGUGUUUGUGCUCUAUCUUCAAGCGAGCGAGGUAUGGAGCCGGGGCUUUAUCGGGAAGAUCAGCAGCAGCUUCGGCCUAACCAGGGGUACCCGGGCCGGAAAGCUAGCCCUGCUGACGUCCGCAGCGGAGAAGCACAGCUGGGAGGAAAAACGGGGCUCGAGCGCUGUGUACGCGGUGCAAGGACGACGGCCACGCAUGGAAGAUAGAUUCGUAAUAGACGAAAAUCUGAACGAAACCGGCAUAUCAUUGUACGCGAUAUUCGACGGGCACGGCGGUGAAUAUGCAGCCGAUUUUGCCAAGGCUGUUCUGGUGAAAAACUUGAACUUUAAAUUAACCCAGUCAUGCAGUAUUGCAUCAGGCAAAUCAACACCUCCGGUAGACUCUAUGGCAGAAGAGCCGAGGAUUAUCAAACGCAAAGAUUGCGAGGAUGACGAAGAGAUAGAAGUCAACGAGCGCCACAAGCUUAACUCGGGGCCAGGAACUAGCGGCUCAUUGACGCAAAGAAGACAGAGUUUUCGUAAAUCCAAGACUGAGGACAUCAUCGACAAAACCAGUGGCAGCAGUAAUGGAAACGAUAAUAGCAAUAGUAACAAUAACGCCAACAGUGCGAAUCAAAAGCUGGAGACGGAUCUGCUCAAUAAGUAUAUGGGAAAUGCGUCUCCAGUGCGAUUGCUAACGAAGGAGAACCUACUUAACGGGACGACGGGGCAAGCUUCUAAUCCUAAACCAAAAACAUACGAAGCCAAGUGCUACGUUCAGAAUGGCAGUAUUAACUACGGCAAGAUUAUCACAGAUGAGGUGCUCGCCGCGGACUACGAUCUGGUGGAAAUGGCGAAAAAAAUAUCAAACUUCGCCGGUACCACGGCAUUGAUUGCGGUGAUGCACAACACUAAGCUGAUCGUAGCGAACGUGGGAGACUCUCGCGGCGUUAUGUGUGACCUCAAGGGAAACGCCAUUCCCCUCUCGUUCGAUCAUAAGCCCCAACAGGUUCGUGAGCAGAAGCGAAUCGCCGACGCUGGAGGUUUCAUCUCAUUCAAGGGUGUCUGGAGAGUAGCGGGAAUACUUGCCACAUCUAGGGCCCUCGGAGAUUAUCCUCUGAAGGAAAAGAAUCUUGUGAUAGCCGAGCCGGAUAUAUUGUCCUUUGAUCUGGUGUAUCAUCGACCAAUGUUUCUGAUUUUGGCCACCGAUGGCCUGUGGGAUACUUUUACCAACGAGGAAGCCGUGGCGUUCAUCCGGGAACGUAUUGAAGAACCUCACUUCGGCGCUAAAAGCAUCACGCUGCAGGCAUACAACCGUGGCUCGGUCGAUAACAUUACGGUGUUGGUGAUAGUUUUCAAAAAUGGUCGAUACGAAAUCGGUUCCUCUAACGGUAACUGAGUCCCAUGUUGUUUGAACAGAAUCUGUACCAUAAUCGAAUACCGAUUAAAAACAGUGACACAUUUAUUUUAUUAGACAAACGCUAAUCAGAUUUCAUCUUUUUGGAAAAAACGCUGAAUAGAGAAUGGCUAACACUAGGAAUUUUCUUGACUUGAUAACGUGUGCUGUGUUUAGAGGACUUAUACGAUCUCCCCACGUCGCCCUCCCAGAACAGGAGAGCAAUCAAAACGAAGUGCUUCGAAAGAGCAGUCAGGAUGGUGCAUCACAUAAUCUGUCCCAAGAGUUGCGUUUAUUGUGUUUCUGUUUAAUUGAUAGUUUAUAGUUUUAUCCCAGUUAGUUCGAUAGUUGAUGCACCCUAAUAUCUUAGAUUGCCUAAAAUCACCAUCCACUGAUAGCACCUACACGAGCUGAUGUACUGGCGGUCAUUUAAUAUUUAUAUUCUGAUUUCAUUCGUAACUCUCUAUGACCUUAAAACUGAUUUCUUGGCCGUACUCAGAACAACAUCGUAUGAUAUAUGCUAUAUUUGUGCCUAAGUAGACCCUGAAAAUCGGAAAUAAUAUACGGUAUGACUGGUGCCAAAAUUUGCGCGAGUGCUCAACACGUUGAAUAAUUUAAGAUAAAAAAUGGAUGGCUACACUGCCCAUAAUCGCAAGUCAACCCCAUGUUCCACGGAAUUCUCUAUCUUCAUUGGACUGACUUGCGAUUAUAAGCAGUACACUUCCACUUCUAAUUCGAGUGAGAAACACCUUAUAGUUAUAUUACUUGACCUACUAGACACAUGAACUAAGUUUACUGAGACACAUGCUUAAAUGAAACAAAAUACAAACGCAGUCGUAUAAUAGUAGAAGAAAAAUCAGUUUCUAAAUGGCUUAUUGAAUCCCAAUAAUAAUAAUAUCUUCACUGGAAAAUGACUGCACGAUUUAAUAAAAUAUUAAAAUUUAUUAAACUUUCGAUUUGUAUUAUAGAUCAAAAAUUUUGUAAAAGAAAUUGUGAUGAAUAAAUUAUUAUAAAUACAA